AUGGUCUUCUUAUCUCCCCAUCGUCUUGAGUCCACUGAGCAAUCUCGACAAGAUGUGAUGCCGCAGGCGAUGCUUAGAUUAUUUACCGAGAUGGCAGAUUACACUCUCAGAGCAUUUGGUGAUGUUCACACGCCGCUCUCUCCUGCUAUUCCUUUGUGCGGUGUAGCCUGUUUCUUAACUUUGCGAGCAGAGAUCCCCGGGAUAGACAGCUGCCGAACUCUCGCAUCGGUCGACAUGGUAAGAGCCUCGAUAAUAUUCCGAUCAAGCAAUUGCUCGUCACCUCUUGCACAGCAUGCUAUCCUACCUGAGAGUGUUCGACAACAUCGUGCACCACGUCGUCCUCCCUGA